CGCAUGCACCGGCAGAGCGAGACAGACGGCGCCAGAGGAGAGAGGCACGUUGUAAGUCACAUUUCACGUCAUUUCUUUCGUCAAAAUCAGACAGUUUCUUCACCAAGAAAGAAAAAAAAGUGAGGAGGAUCCCCAAACGACACCGGGGAGACAUGCAGCCGGCGGCGAGACUGACUUUGCCGCUUCUUCUAGUGGUUUUGACAACACAAGGCUGCUUCUCCUCCAAAGCCGAGGACCGGCUGUUCAGGAAGCUGUUCAGAAGAUAUAACCAGUUCAUCAGACCCGUGGAGAAUGUCUCUGACCCCGUCACCGUGGAGUUUGAGGUUUCUAUUUCGCAGCUGGUCAAAGUUGAUGAAGUAAAUCAGAUCAUGGAAACUAAUUUAUGGCUCAGACAUAUUUGGAAUGACUACAAGCUGCGAUGGGUGCCCGCUGAGUUUGACGGCAUUGAGUCCAUUAGAGUUCCAUCAAACAAGAUCUGGAGGCCUGACAUUGUUCUCUACAACAAUGCUGUAGGUGAUUUCCUUGUGGAGGAUAAGACCAAGGCUCUGCUGAAGUUUGAUGGUACCAUCACCUGGGUUCCUCCUGCCAUUUUUAAAUCCUCCUGCCCCAUGGACAUCACCUACUUCCCCUUUGACUAUCAAAACUGCUCCAUGAAGUUUGGCUCCUGGACUUAUGACAAAGCCAAGAUUGACCUGGUACUCAUUGGGUCCAAGGUGAACCUGAAAGACUUCUGGGAGAGCGGUGAGUGGGAAAUCAUCGACGCUCCAGGCUACAAGCAUGAUAUCAAGUACAACUGCUGCGAGGAGAUCUACCCCGACAUCACGUACUCCUUCUACAUCCGACGCCUGCCGCUCUUCUACACCAUCAACCUCAUCAUCCCCUGCCUCCUCAUCUCUUUUCUCACAGUGCUGGUUUUCUAUCUCCCAUCUGACUGUGGAGAGAAGGUCACGCUCUGUAUCUCCGUCCUGCUCUCCCUCACUGUGUUCCUGCUCGUUAUCACAGAGACCAUCCCCUCCACGUCGCUGGUCAUCCCUCUCAUUGGCGAGUACCUGCUCUUCACAAUGAUCUUUGUCACGCUCAGCAUCGUCAUCACCGUGUUUGUGUUGAACGUACACUACCGCACGCCGAUGACCCACACCAUGCCGGGCUGGGUGCGCUCUGUAUUUCUCAAAGCGCUGCCGAGGAUCAUGCUGAUGCGGAGACCGACGGAUGAAGACAGCAGGACUGGGGGGUUGGACAGCAGUGGGGAGGCAGGAGGAGCUGGAGGGGGAGGAGGAGGUGGAGGAGGGAAAGGAGGGAAGAAAAGGAAGAAUAGCUUGAUGCAGCAGGUUGGAGGAGGAUCUCUCAACUGUCUGGAGUUUGUAGACAGCAAGAUGUCUUCUCUGGAGGGCUGUCCUGGAAAGAAAUGCCCAUGUCCUUGCCAGCAUGGGAAGGAGACCCCUGAUACACCAGAUAUGGGGAAGAUGUCACGUCAGCUGAGUCUACAGAGCAUCAACACAGUGGUGGCCUUUUCCAUGGUUUCACCUGAGAUUAAACAGGCGAUCGAGAGCGUCAAGUACAUCGCUGAGAACAUGAGGAGCCGCAACAAGGCCAAAGAGGUGGCAGAUGACUGGAAGUACGUUGCCAUGGUGAUUGAUAGAAUCUUCCUUUGGGUGUUUGUGACUGUGUGCGUCUUAGGAACCGUUGGACUCUUCCUCCAGCCGCUUUUUGGCUUUUUCUCAUAACCUUUGCUACCACCCUGUGUUGACCAAUGCUGAACAAGUGACUAACCGUCCAUUCAAAACAAGAGUUUUGAGUCCUAAAGCACAAUCUGAUGUGCUGGUUUUGCUUCUUGCGUUUUGCAGAAUACAGUAACAACAGACACGGGGAGGUUGCUAAACUAUGUGACCGACACAAACGUUGUAACUUCAUACUUCUUCAGGCUGCUCAUUUUAUGAGAAAAAUCGUUGCAGACACUGCACUCUCACACUCACAGAAAGCAAGGGAUAAUAAUACCUGCACAGAAACACGCCAUUUUUUUCCAUUUGUUGUCAGUUUGAACUAGUUUAAGAACAUAUUCUGAAUUGCAGAUUCUGCGUUUACAACUAUUUGCUUGGAUCAUCAAUUUGCAUUUGGAAUCAGUGAAGAUAAACUUAAUGCAGUUAAAUACUUGAUUAUAAUAUCAUUUUAACGCACCAAAUUGCAUAAAUAUCACCAUAGACACCAUUGCUAUCUGCUUCCCCUUUCAGUCAUGUGGUGUAUAUAUAGCUGAAUUAAACACCAUUGUAAUUGCCAUAUUGUACAAUUAUCAAAAACAUAGGGCAGUUACUGCAACCGGGCCAUUAGAGGGGCAAAGUCAUGACAGUACAUCCAGGUAAACUUGUUCCAGUAGCUUCAGUGAGUCAUUCAGCCAUUCUUUCAUUGAUUUGUCUGGAAAACGCAAUGCUCAUUCUCUCUAAACAAAUUAACUAUUAAUGCGGUUUCUAUGUAACACAAUAAUAGUCAGUAACUUGUCUUUGGAGACAUGUCUAAGCAAUUGGUUUAUGGGAAAGUGUGUUCAUCGAUGGCUGCUAAAAUGUCAGUAAAGGCUGCUAAGACGUUCAAUAAGCAUUUAUAAGUUUUGCUUAGUUUUGUUUUGUUUUCAAGCCAGUGUAAAAACUAGAACUCACUUUAGGCUCUGAUCUGAUUUUUUUAUUAUUUUAGAAAGAAAAACCAGGAGUUGCAGUUUUACUUUGAAUCUCUUGACUCUUUGGUUUGUAGCACCAGUUUGUAGCUUUUGCAAGAUGUACAUGCCUUCUCUAUUUCUAUGGCAUAGAUAUUUUUAAAAACAUUUAUAUGAUAAAACUGAUGUCAAAAGGACACAUUCAGGUCUUAAUCAAAAAAAUGAAAAGAAGGAGAAGCACACUUCAACCUCUACAUAAGUAGAACUCAACUGGAUCAAAGCAUGGCACAUCCAGUAGGACUUAGGACUUAGGAGAAAACUGUUUUUUUUUUUUUACAACAAGUAGAAAUGAUACAAACUUUGUACUCCACUGAACUCGAAGUCACAGCGACUGGUUUAAUCUCUCCAUCAAGCUGAUUGAUGACUGUCGCGCGCUCUCCUCCAGCCUGAUUCAUCAAGCUGCUUACUGUCAGAGCCGACUGCGCUCACUGCUUCUGUGUGUCAUUUCCAAUAAGUUCUCAGAUUUGUGCCACAUUUGGCAACACUUUUAACAAAUAAGGGCAAGCAGAUCUUCUUUUUGUAAUUAGAAACCAUGUGUUCUGAUUAAUGUUCCACAAGGUAAUUGGUUACCCUGGUAAAUAUUGGAUUAAAUCAGUCUUGAUUAGUUUUGAAACAGCAUGACGAUGUAUUAAUUCAUGAGAGGAUUCUAUCAUCCAAUUCCAUGGCUGUUAAUGUCUUAUCUUUUUCAUGUCACUUUUGAUUGCAAUUAAUAUUAAGAGAAAACAUGCAAUUCAAUAAAAUAAAUAAAUAAAUGCAUGAUGUACUUUUUAAUAGCUUUGGCCACUAAUACUCAGUCAUAAGCUUAUAGCACAAUGAGGAGUUUGGUAUGUUUAAUCUCAGUCAUUCCUCUUUCUGGUCAUAUCUGUUAUUUAUUUGAUGCAUCAGAAAUGCAAAACUUGUGCUGAAGGGCGCAAACACGUUUGUACAAAUGAUCUUUGCUUAACUGGAAAUAAAUGUAUUAUUUCUUCAA